UCCAUCUUUGUCAAUGAACGCCAUCCGCAACGCAGUCAGCGGUUCAGUCAAAAGCUUCAGAAUGCCUACUCUUGUCGGAAAGCAAAUCAGUGGCAAUGGCUUGGGCCUUAUGCGCCUUACCAUGCCACAGUUUCAGCUGUCUGAUGACGAGACGUUCAAGGUAUUGAGAGCAGCACUUGACGCUGGAGUGAACGUCUGGAAUGGUGCAGACUUCUAUGGAACUCCACAAGCCAACACUCUUCAUUUGCUCAACAGAUACUUCUCAAAGUACCCAGAAGAUGCAGACAAAGUCAUACUUUCGAUCAAGUCGGGCCUGAAGGAUCGCGCCACGAUGGAAAUGGACUGCACCCCCGAGGGUCUGAGGAAGAGCGUUGAUAAUGCAAUCUCUAUUCUCGAUGGCAAGAAGGAGAUCGAUAUCUUCGGACUGGCAAGAGUAGACCCGAACACUCCGAUCGAGGACAGUGUCAAAGGCUUGCUUGCGCUCAAGGAGGAGGGCAAGUUCAAGGGUAUUCAAAUCACUGAAGUCCGAGCGGAAACCAUUCGUCGCGCCGCAAGCGUUGGCAAGGUGGACAUGGUGGAGGCGGAAGCUAGCCUCUGGUCGCCUAUGGUCUUUGAGAACGGCGUCGCCCAAGCUUGUGCCGAGAACGACAUUGUGCUCGUGGCCCACACUCCACUGGGCAUGGGUGCACUUACCGGGCAAUUCAAGAAGCUCGACGACAUUCCAAAGGAGAACCCAAUCCGCUACGUCCCACGCUACCAGCCCGACGUCUUCGAGAACAACGUAAAGCUCGUCAAUGCUGUCGAAAAGCUUGCACAGAAGAAGGGAUGCACGACUACUCAGCUCGCCCUGAACUACCUCAAGCAGCAAUCGAAGCGAUCAGGAAUGCCAACUGUCAUUCCAAUCGCUGGCGCUCGGGCUGAAGAGCGUGUCAAGCAAAACGCUGUAGAUGUGGAAAUUUCUGAAGAGGAGUUCAAGGAAAUUGAGAGCUAUCAGAAGGAAUUUCCGAUUGAGGGGCUACGCACAAUGCCUCAACUCCAGGUACGCAACGAGUACUGAGUCCG